CAGCAACUCCUCACAGCUCAGGACAAACUAGUUAAAGCCUGUAAUAACUAUCGUAGGCUCACAGAUGAGUACCUUGACUUUCUGAAAAGGACCAGAACAUUGGAGAGUCAAAAAGAAAUUGAUGCAUGUAAACUCUCUUUGGAUUUACGUCUAUCCAAAGUGGAACUUGUAAUGAAAAAACUACACGAGCAUCGCCUCGCCCUAACAAAGGCCAAAUCCACUAAAACAAAGACCUCAAAAGGUAAGAAAACCUCACGCAGCGGUAGCUCUAACGUGUCAGACAUGUCAAGCCUAGCACGGAGAAAGCGUGCCAAGGCAGAGGCUGCCAAGUCUAAAAUAGCCUUUGUAGAGAAACAUGCCAUUAUCCUACAACAGGAAGCAAUGUUAGAGGAACAAGCCCUGUUCAGACAAAUUGAAAUGGAACAGGAAGCCACACGUAAAAAGGCAGAAAUGGAGCAAGAAGUCGCUCAACGUAAAGUUCAACUAGAACAGGAGGCUGCUCACAGAAAAGUGCAACUAGAACAGGAGGCUGCUCACAGAAAAGUGCAAUUAGAACAAGAGGCUAUGCGCAGGAAGGCUCAAAUGCAACAAGAAGCCGUACGGGUAAGCCGUGAAAAAGCCGAGCUGAAAGCCAGAUUUAACCUUCUUGAAGCACAGAGAGAAGCUGCAGCCGCAGAAGCCGAGGCUCGUAUCCUGGAAUACGAUGACAGCCAAGCGUUUAGCGAACUACCUGACGAAAAGGAAGACCCGCUCCAGCGCGUGCAAGAUUUCGUCAAUAAACUUCCUGUAUCAACUGUUGUAAAGGAAGUAACAGAACCUCAAAGGAAAAAACAAAUUCCUGUUAAGAUCGAGCUGAGUCACGACGCACCAGCGUUCGUGCCAUCCGUGGCACCGAAGUUGCUGUCACAGACAUCUGCUGUCUUGCCUUCCAAUAAUAAGUCACCGGAAGUUACCUUUAUCCCAGAUCUGGGAUUAGUAACCGGCAUACAAAAAUUAGGCCUUUCAGAUGAGAGCCCUACUGAACAUCAAAAACAGGGUGUUAAAGAAGCGAUCCCUGUCUUACGCAUAAAACAAGACUUUAUAGAAGAGAUCCCUGUUUCACACCAAAAACAAGGCAUAGUAGAAGAGAUCCCUGUUGCACACCAGCAACAAAUCAACUUUACAUCAGAGAUAACUAGAUUCCUUUUACGCAAGGACUUGCUUUUCUCCCGAUUAACAAGCUUUAACGAUCGGGCAGAGUCAUUUCAUACUUGGAAAGCAAGCUUCAAGAACGUGACUGAUGAGUUACAAGUCUCCGACUCAGAACAGAUCGAUUUACUGAUCAAGUGGCUCGGUCCAGAGUCUGCUAAACACGCCAUUAGCAUAAGAGCGUCGAACGCUAAUAAUCCUACCAUAGGUAUACAGAGAUUAUGGAAGAGGCUUGACGAGCGGUAUGGUGCUCUAGAAAUGUUGGAAGCCUCUCUCAAGAGUAAACUUGAAAAAUUCCCUACCUUAACAAAUAAGGACAACGCACGUCUCUACGAACUGUCUGAUAUUCUAUCGGAAAUCGAAUAUCACAAGGAAAAUCCCAAGCUGGGAUGUUUGCUUGCUUAUUUCGACUCUUCGUCCGGGAUAAAUCCUAUUGUGGAAAAACUGCCAUACGGACUCCAAGAAAAGUGGAUUACAAGGGCUUCAAGAUUCAAGUCUAAAUAUGAAGUUGCCUUUCCACCUUUCACAGAAUUCUCUGCCUUUAUCAGGGAAAUUAGCAAAAUUAAGAACGAUCCUGGGUUCAUCUUUGGGUCAAAAGCAACAUCAAAUAUAAAAGACGCUACGCCAAGGUUCACACCUCAGACGUCCUCCAAAGUCAACGUCCAUAAGACGGCUGUUGAACAGCAAACUGAAGACAGCAGUCAACAACAAGAUCUGUGUAUCCUACACAAGACAAAGCAUACCUUGAAUGAAUGCCGAGCAUUCCGAGGCAAACCAAUCGAGGAACGCAAGGAACUGUUAAGACAAAACAAUGUGUGCUACAAGUGUUGUGAGUCAACCACACACAGAAGUCGGGACUGCAACGCAAGUAUCAGUUGUAAUGAGUGUGGUAGUGAACGACAUACCACAGCACUUCACAUCACUAGACCACAACAAUCUGAAAAAUCCCAGUUUAGCUCACCCAGACAAGCCUACGGCGGGGAGCUAACACAAGUCUACGGCGGGGAGCAGACAGAGUCAGCUGAAACAAAGUUAACCUCUGUGAGUUCGAUCUGCACAGAGAUCUACAAAGAUCAUAAGAGCGAGAAGUCGUAUGCUAAGAUAUUACCUGUCGACGUGUACCACAAGGACAAGACAGACAAAAUUAUCAGGAUGUACGCCAUUAUUGACGACCAAAGCAACCGGUCUCUUGCCUCGCCUGAAUUCUUCAGUCUGUUCAACGUUCGGGAGAAACCUGUAAACUACUCUCUUACAACAUGUUCCGGCAGAGUAGCUACUUCCGGGAAAAGAGGAAAAGAUUUCGUCAUAAAAUCUGUACAUAGUGACGUACAGUUUGAUCUGCCUACAUUAAUUGAAUGUAAUAAUAUUCCCAAUAAUCGAGACGAAAUUCCUACUCCUGAAGUUGCAAUGCAUCAUCCUCAUCUGACAGAACUCAGAGGAAGCAUUACACCACUAGAGGAACGUUGUCAAAUUCUACUCCUAAUUGGAAGGGACCUUAUAGAGGCACACCACGUCCUUGAACAACGCCUAGGACCAUCCCGAACUCCAUUUGCCCAAAAGUUGAGACUUGGUUGGGUCAUAAUUGGAAAUACAUACAUUGACAAGCAAACUGUUCCUAUUGAAGUCAACACAAAGAUAACCAACGUUUCAAUCACGGAAUCAAAACAACGUCUUGCUUCAAGACCGGAAAUAGCCGUCAAGGACAAUAAUCCAAUUGUUGUUCAGUCUAAGGACAAAAACUUUCAAACGAAUGCCAAGGUCGCAAAAUCGCAUUCAAUACAAUACCUUGAAUGUACAAGACCUAGUACCAAGCCUGGUAAACGCACUAAUUCAUCUAAAGGGACAUUACUCGCGUCAGUAAAAGCAAAAUCUUUGACCUCGAUAGAAAAAUCUAUAGAUAAAGAAAACUUCAUUCCGAAAUCAACAGGACCUGAAGUUCAUGGUGAGGAAAUCAGUAGCAUUCAAAAAUAUAUUCCGAUAGAAGAACCUAUUGCCAAUAUCAAUAUGCCUUUGAGCAAGCAACCUCUACUCCGAGGAGGAAGCAGAAUUGCCAAAUCUGACUUGAAUUUUAGUGAAAAGGAACCAGUAGUCUUAUCUGGACAUCAUCAGAAAGUAACACCUUUUCUUGGACAUUACUACAACACAAUCAAACAUAGAGGACCCCACUUCAUAGAUAGAACAACUGGAUCAGCAAGAUGGAACGUUAGAACGAAACGCUUAAUUUCGUUGGAUACUCAAAGAGAUGUGACAUUUCGCCAAACUGGAAUAGGAUCAAGUAUUAGCUCUCGUCAUACCCAUCGGAGGACCACCUUCAACCGUCGUCGCCGUCUAACAACGUUGGAGAAAACAGUUCCUACUAUCUCAACAGCAACUAUGGAACAUUUUGCGAAUCACAGCAACCGCAUUAGAGAGAUCCUUCUUCAAAGAACAAGAAACUGCGCCGAACCCAGUUUUCCGUGGAAUUAAUCUAUUCUGCAAACUUUAUAGUGAAAUGUCGUAAGUUGAGACGUGAUAUUUCUCACACGACCUAUAGUGGUUAUUUCAUCUGUAUAUAUUCAAUUUAUAUUGGGAUUUAUUCAUUUAUCUAGAUCUUAUUCUCAUUCGCAAAUAGUUUAUAGAAUAGUGAUAUCAGAUAGACAUCAGACGGGGAGUAUUCUGUUACACCGUUCCGUAAUUUAUAUAGUUCGUUUGAUUAUAUUCUUAAUCUGUUUAUGUGUUCCAGUCUAGGAGGAUUACUCAUCUUUAACGUUAAAACAUCAUACCGUCGCUACCUUUCCCUCACUCUCACGUAUCCGUUACAGGAAAACUGCAAGGUCAUUACGAUCACCAGGAACAUUUCGUUGAGACGUCAUCUUGGACACAAUUCGUGGCUAACAACAGACUUUUUACCAUUUGUUAGAUUGACUCUUGAUUAAAGUAUCAGCACCUGAUAGUCUUUUCUGCUUGAGCCCAAUCGUCGGUUAUACUUAGUGGUCAGGCCAUUACAAAUAAACUCAUUAUAGAUACCAGGAUUGCAAUUUUAUAUUUGCACCAAACUCGCGUUUCGUCUGUACAAAAGACUCAUCAGCAACGAUCGAAGAAAACAAUUUUAUAGGCCAAAUGACGUACGAAGAGCAUUGAGGAACAAAAAUCCCUAAAAGUUUUGCCAAAUACAGCUAAGGUAUUAAAACAAUAUUCCCUGGAUGUUAAUGUUCAGUUACAUCGUCUGAAGUAGCGCCACUUUCAUAAAUAAAAGAUCAGGGUGAAAUGAUCAAACACUACGUUCUAUCACGGGAUCUUAAUAUGAUGUAUCUGUUUGAACUAUUAUAGUAACAGAAGUUACAGAAGUUAAGCAUAUGGUAUACCUAUAAUGUUUGAUUAACAAUAAAACUUGAUUUCAAUCUGAGGUAAAAGAUAUAAACAUCAAUAACAAAAAAACAUAAGUUCAUUACUGUUGGUUAUCAAAAAUAGAAGCUACUUCAUUUGAUAUAAUCUAAUGUUGUUAUAAAUCAACAAAGUCUUAAGAGUUUGGAACGACAGCCGAAUUUUUACAUGUUGUUUAUCCUUAGGUAAUCUAUCGAGCUGAUCAAUACAAGCUUUAAUCUUCUAUAGAAUAAUGUACAUUACGGUUAUUCCUUGACGUAUAUGUAAUGUAAACUCGCUUUGCUGUCGUUAACAUUCUUUGAACCUCGUUUUACUCUGAAAUGAAUGCCGAAUGGCGUUCGAGACAUAUUUUACAGCAAUAUGUUAUUUUCCAACAUCGGAUAACAUUUUCUUCUUGACUCUACUACUCAAUAUUAAAUAUUUAAGGAUACGCAUACAGAAUGAAUGAUUUGUAUGUUAAAAUAAUUAUUCAAAAUUCCACGAGUGUAAGAAAUUCCGUAUGUCGAUGUUUUAAAAAGGUGAUGUAACCUAAGGGUUGAAUAGGUAAAUGCCUAUAGUCAACCUGGACUUGAAAAUCCCGGCAGUCACUCAUUUGUAAGAAUAUUAGGUCAUAUCUGGUCAGUACGUUAAAAGCGAUCGAUUUUGUAAAGAAAGUGCUGCACGCAAAUGUCCAUCUUCAUAACGCUUGAGAAGAUCCGUAUUUACUUGUUAUACUUAACAGAAUGUCUACUGUGUGUAAUACCCACAUUUCCCGUUACAGUGACAGACAGACAUGACAGAGGAGCAUGAUUAAUGUAAAACAAAGUGAUUACACGGUUACACCACUGUUCCAGGUUAUGGGAGGGUUGAGAUACCGCUAACAUGUUUAACUCCGACACAUUCUGUAUGUAUGUGCCUGUUCCAAGUCAGGAGCCUGUAAUUUAGUAUUUGUCGUUUGUUGAUACGUUACAUAUUUGUGUUUCGCUCAUUUUUGUUAAUAGAUUAGGUCGUUAGUUUUCUAGUUUUACAUUUGCCGUUUCGGAGCCUUUUAAAGCUGACUAUGCGGUAUGAUUGUUAUUUCUGUGCCAUUUGGUCUCUUUUGGAGAGUUGUGUCCAUUUGCAAUCAAACCACAUUUUUUUUAUGAUUAUUCAGUGAUGUAUGCAGCUAAAAUUGAAAUCAUAUCUACAAAACUUGGUCUAGGCAAAGUGAACGUCUUAUUGGUAAAUUUACCCCUGCAUGCAAGAAAUAUACAUAUUCCACUCCCAUGAUUAAUACCAACAGAAGGCAGAUACUACAGGGAGGAUUGCAUUUAACUGAGUAAAGUAUUAUAGAAUAGAAAAGACACACGAACUAAGGAGUAUCAAUCCUUGAUACAAAAAUUCAGUAUAUGCACAGCAAAAUAUUUUUUAGGAAGUUUUAUCCGUAGUUUAAUUUAAAAGACUUACAUUUGAAGUUUAACAUGACUUCUGGUAUUAUAUUGUAUUAAAACACAAUGUCUUAUUUAUCUAUUUGCUUUCAAACUUUG